CCCUAAACAAAACCAAAACUUUUACUUCUUUUGGUACUUGAGCAAAAUCCUUUGAUGCAUUUUGUCGAUAAGAAGACAAAAGAGCGGAGACUUUCUCUAUUUUGUUUCCAGGGCCAAUUUGUUACUGUUCCUGCCGUGCGGUGACAUAAAUAAUAAAAGCCUAAAAACAUUGCCACUGUUUCAUAAAUCUGUGGCUUAUUCAGGCAUUUUGGACAUUUUAAACAAUAAUAGGAACAAUUCCUGGAGGGACUUGUGCUUCAUGAGGCAUUAAAUGGAAACGACAAAACAUUUUAAGGCAGGAAAUACUUUUUAUGAACCAGUUCUACAGGCUAAGCUUUGUUACUUCUAUUCAGCUUUUGCGGUUUGACUCCUCCUAAACCGUGUAAACAUCAGGCAACAGAUAUCUGAGAAGGGACGGGUUCUGCAGCUGUAAUUUCAGCACCAGAGGUUGUACUACGGCUCUCUGCUUGUUUGCUAAAUACGCAGUCGCUCGGGUCUGCAGGCUCUUGUGCUGGCUUCGUUUCAGAUAACAAAAAGAGGAUAACAACCUCUGACAAUGACAGUUCGAGGCUGAGCUGUUGUUGUCCGACCACCGCUUGAGGUUUCAUGGCGAUGCACCACCCACCGCAGUCCCGCGCAAAUGUUUCGGUAACAUUUCAGCAAAGAUUUUUCCCGUUCCGUUUUCGCAUCUGACCAGCUGAUGUCUAAGAGGUCAUUAGGAAUCCUUAAAUCCAUAAAGGGACAUCCCGUCUGGUUCCCCUGAUGCCAGGAAAGCUCGUUCUCUGAGCUUACCGACACGUUUUGGUGGACGAACAGAGAAAGCCAAGAACUUGGAGACAAAAAACAGAAGAUUUUAGGAGUCCUCCCAGGCAGAAGGGGGCGCCAGCAGGCAUGCAGGACUCAGCCUCUGACAACAAAAUGGCCAAACAGGAGCAGAACUACAAAUAUCAGGAUGAGCACAAAGAAAACGAUGACACGUCUGAGAAAACCUCCCCGAACAAGAAUCUCAAAUCCCCUCAGAAAGGAUCCAAACGGCUGAAAACUGUUCCUUUCAAAGUGACUCUGCUGGAUUCCUCCGACUUCGAGAGUGAAAUUGAGAAACACUCCAAAGGACAGACCCUGGUGGACAUGGUCUGCGAGCACCUCAACUUGCUGGAGAAGGACUACUACGGCUUGACCUUUGCAGACUCAGACACUCAGAAGAACUGGUUGGACCCCUCCAAAGAGAUCAAGAAGCAGAUGCGCCACUCACUGUGGCAUUUCGCUUUUGCCGUCAAGUUCUACCCUCCAGACCCGUCCCAGCUCACAGAGGACAUCACCAGAUACUACCUGUGUCUGCAGCUGAGAGAUGACAUCCUGUCAGGCCGGCUGCCUUGCUCAUUCGUCACUCACGCCCUCCUGGGCUCGUACACCGUCCAAGCCGAGCUGGGAGACUACGAUCAGGAGGAUCACGGCUCAGACUACGUCAGCGAUUUCCGCCUGGCUCCUAAUCAGACGCGGGAGCUGGAGGAGAGGGUGAUGGAGCUCCACCGCAACUACAGGGGGAUGACUCCUGCUGAGGCAGAACUGAACUUCCUGGAAAAUGCAAAGAAACUGUCCAUGUAUGGGGUGGACCUCCAUCAUGCUAAGGACUCUGAGGGGAUUGAAAUAAUGCUGGGCGUCUGCGCAAACGGCCUGCUGAUUUACCGGGACAGGCUGAGGAUCAACCGCUUCGCCUGGCCGAAGAUCCUGAAGAUUUCAUAUAAGAGGAGCAACUUUUACAUCAAGAUAAGACCUGGGGAGGUGCGCACUGAUGUGGGAGAUUAUCACCACCAAUUUGCUUCUUUUUUCCCUCAGCAUUUCCAUCAAAUUACAAUAGUUUGGCAUCUUUUUUUUUACCCCUCUGGAGACGAGCAGGAGACAGAGCUGGAGCCCAGUUUGGAGCAGGACGAAGACGACAGGGACCAAGAUCAAAGCCAGGAGGAGCAAGAGAAGGAUCUCGAUGGCGACAUUUCUCCUAGCAGAAAGAAAGAGUUCAAGGAGGAGGCCGCCUCGCCGGCUGACAGUAAACCAGAGUUGGACCAGGAGACCACUCCUCGACACAACCAGGAGUUUUUGGACAAGUCUCAGGAUGUCCUGCUGAAGCACCAGGCCAGCAUCAACGAGCUAAAGCGAGCCCUGAGGGAGCCCAACAGCAAACUGAUAAACCGAGAGAAGCGACUGUCGGGAACCACACCGACUGGAACGCCGGAGAAGAAGGCUCUGGGGGGCCGAGUCAUUGGAAAGGAACCUGUAAACAGCUUGUCUGUUGAGGGUUUCAUCCAGAAGACUUACCUUUCUUCACCUGAGGGUUCCGAGGAGUGGGUAUUGAUUGAAAAACAACAUCCGUAUCAAGACCACGACUGGAAGGCAGAAGAGGAGAACAAGCUUUGCACUUCUGAGAAAAAGGAGCUGAGGAAAGAGAUCGACUUCACUAAAAUGAUGCAUGCUGAAGGAACAGGAUACCACGAGGAGGAGACGAAAAGCCAUACCGAUGAAUUUCCUUCAACUCCUGAGGCAGGCUCGGAGACUUUGCCCUCUGGGACUCUGUCUUCCGAUAACGCAGACUUUUUACAAGACAGGCCUCCAAGUAAACUUUCUCACGCCUCAGACCAGGAGGUGAGCAGUGACGUGGCCCCAGGCGCUGAACAGAUGAAGGAACGGACGGCCUCUAAAACAAGGAAAAAGAGGAGACCCCAGAGCUUUAACCUGGCAAUGCCUACGGAAUCUGGCAACAGAAAAACGGAGAGUGAUUCCUCUGUAGAGGAGAACGAAGGCUCGGACUCGGACAACAGCUCUGAAAGACCAUGUAAAGGAGGAACUUGUUCAUCUCCAAAGAUGUUUGAUGAUCAGGGAUCAGGACAGGAUCCGUCUGUGAGGGUCUGUAAAGACUACAAACCAGAGGAUUUACCUGCUGGGGACAAAAAAGUGUCUAAUCAAGCUGUGGAGCAAGUGAAGAGAAAGGUGCACCAUGCAGGGACAAUAGACUUGGGCUUCUUGAACGGACCUGUGAAGAUGGAACCCGACAGUUCUCUAUCGGCCAGUAAAGGAGAGAGUGCAGCGAAGGUGCGAGGGAAGGGGCUCAUUGACAACAAGGAACUGGCGGAGGUCAAACUUCGACAAGUCAGGACCCACGAGAGAAAGAUCAGUAGUUCCUGUGGUGAAGACGUGGAGGGUGUGAUGGGGGAGAGAAACCAAAGGACAUCUCUACACCGGCUGUCGGGUAGUAGCUACCAGUCAGAAAUCACCAGGAUUGUUCCUCUCAAACCAGAGAGGUCAAAGAGCGUAGCCUGCAGGGAUGAAAGAGAGUACCAGACGGCGAAGGAGGAGCCCGCUCCACCAAACAGAAGAGAAUACCGCUGGUCCCUUGGCUCCCCGGAGGCAUCGUCAGACCUCAACUGGACCGACGUCCCUACUUUCCCCCCGGCGGAUCCCGAGGGCCUUCCGAAAGCAGAUCAGCCGUGCGACAGUUUUCAGUCUGCUCGAGGGUCGAAUCUAAAAAUGGCUCCCCCUGCUCCGCCAGUCAAAACAAAGAAGGCCAGGGAAUCUGGAUUGAUACUGCGGAACAGCCGAAACGCCAGCAGGGAGCCGAGCCUGGAAUCAGCCAAGAAGAGACUCUCGGAGCCCGUCUCCACUCACGCAAUAUACGAAGAACCGCUCGCUGACUUCAAGAAGGAGCCUGGGGAGAGGAGGCCCCACACCGUCGCUGCCUCAGAGGAGGAGCAGGAGUGCGACACCGUGGCCUCCAUGAGAGAGAGCCAGCUGGGCAUCGAGCGCAAAUGCUCCAGCAUGACGGUCAGCUCCACCUCCAGCCUGGAGGCCGAGGUGGACUUCACGGUCAUCACUGACUCCUCGGCGGAGCCGGGGGAGAGGGAGCGGCAGCCGGAGGUGGGGAGAGAGGACUUCGAGGAGACCUCCAGGUUCUACUCGGCCCGCCUGAUGGGCUUCAGAGACAAGUCUCCCAUGGAGGAGAAGCUUCCAGAGGAGGGACCGCUCCCGGAGAUAGACGGAGGUUUUGAUCCUUCGUCGUUCUCUUCAUCCCCGCUGGAUUCCCGGCAGGACAAGCCUCCUGUGGCAAAGAAGGACUCCAACGCCGUGAGCGCGGCCCACAAGAUACGGAGAUCCGACUCCAGGACAGAGACGCACACGAACGGAUCCGAAGUUCAUCCCGCCAGCAUCGAUGUUUCACCGCAGAACUGUGGAGUCAUGAGCCCACCAGUGGCUCCAGCUGCCCUUAAGGAAAACGGCUCCCCUGUAAAAGCCGGCACUCAGGAGAGAGAGUCCGUCGUGUCCCCACUGACCAUCACGGCGGAGGCCGUCACUUCAGCAACCACAACACAAGUCACCAAGACGGUGAAAGGAGGCUACUCGGAGACCAGGAUUGAGAAAAGGAUCAUAAUCACAGGGGACGAUGACGUGGACCAGCAUCAGGCGCUCGCCAUGGCGAUCCAAGAGGCCAAGCAGCAGCAUCCGGACAUGCUGGUGACAAAAGCCGUGGUUAUCAGGGAAACGGAGUCUCCCACUGAGGACUUCCAGCAGAAAGCAGAGUCCUGAUCGCGCACGGCGUCCUCUGGAAGUAUGGGGGGGGGGAUCCUCCAGCUGCACGUUUCCUUUAAGAGGACUUCGUCCCGUCGCCGUGACGGUCCAGAACAGAACCGACACCAGAACAGACUGCGCUCUGAGGAGCAGAAAGAAAAAGAAAAAAAAAACCUUUAGAACCCACCCAGCGGGUUCCCGCCCUCCGUGGAAGCAGGACGGCGCCCUCUGCUGGAGGAUCUGACCUGCUCCGGGAGUCAUCUCCGCUCAUCACUUUAAUCAACUGCUGUCUUCUUAGCUUUUUACCUUUUUAUCAAUAGAAAAUCUAAUUUAUGUUGAGUGUUUGUCUGUUUAUUAAAUAUGUACAAAUAUCAAAGGAUUAUAAACUGCAUGACUCGAUAGCAGAGUGAAUGAAAAACACACAUAUAGAAAUAUAUAUAUAUUUAUCACUCAGACACGCCGCUUUUCAGAGCACAGAAGAGCUCUGUGAGGAAGAACUGGUUUAAAACACAGAUUGACGGUGAUGAACUGAAGCAGACGUCCUCAUCCUCUUCUUCAUCUUCAUCUUCCAGAUUUGUUUUUGGGAGAAAAUUCUCCUGGAAACUGGUCCCACGCUUGGGCACAGUUACAGAUUUUUUUAAAGUUAUUAUUAUUAUUAAUGAUGUCAUGUCUACUGAGAUUCCUAAAUGUGUCAGGAUGUUGUUUUAAUUUAAUGCUACUGAUGGUAUUUUUGUGCUUUCUGGGUCCAGUUUUCCCAAAAGUCUGUCUGUUUCUCCAAAGUUCAUAGGCCAGAAAUUUUCCUGCAUCAACAAAGGUUGGAUUAUUAUUUUUUGUUUUGGAUGAAAGGAUCGUUAUACUCACCUUGGGAGGGAUGGGGGUUCAAAAGGUUGAUGAUCCAAGUGGACAGGAUUGUUGUUCAUGAAUCCUUUAGAGGAUUUGGGUCCUCCUGUGCAGUCAGACAGGAGUGUUUGGAGACUCGUUGAACUGUGACGUCCGUACAGAUGCUGCAGGUUUUUGGAUGGUCGUAGAGAAGUGCGGCCGCAGGCUGCGUUCAAGAAUGCGCUAAAUGUGUCACUAGCCCAAACUCAGCAGCAGAAUUGAACCAUUUGGGGCUAAAUACACACUGGACAUAUGAUACAUGUUCAAGAACCCACGUUUGGCCUACGAUUUUCACACUGGACGAGUAGAAUUAGACCUGUUUUUCUGUCCAAUGAAUUAAAGUCCAAAAUGUUUGUUUUGCCAGAAAACGGCCACGGUUGCGUCCAAAUUCCCUCACCACUCCCCGGUUUCCAGAGCUCUGGAAAUUCCCCACAAGUCAGUGUCCAUCAAUGAGCAAUAGAUAUAGACCACAACGUUUGAAUGAUUUUUCAUUUGAAAGGAGUGAUUUUUUUAUAAAUUGUUUAAUUUUUCAGCAUCAGAUCCCUGUGAAUUCAUCGUCUUCAUAUUUGUUUGGUUUUUUACUUUGGUAAAUCCGUCACGUGUAAAAAACAAAAAAGUGAAGGUGUCUGAGUCACAUUCCAGUCUGGGGGUUAGCGAGGGAAUUUGGACGUAGCUGAAGUUUCAUAUCUGCAGUUUGAGUGUAUUUAUUCUACUUGAAGGUCCCAGCAGGAACUCUUCUCCUUUGUUUUUUGCAUCAACUCAUUGAGUUUGUCCUGAACGGCGUUCUGGUCCUGAACGGCCCCCGUCUCCUCCGGUACUAUGCAUCCACUCUGGAUUUAGGAGGAUCCCUAUAACAGAAAUAAAUAUCUGAUGGAGAUUUGCAAUAACAAGGACUCUGCUCUCCUGUGGGGAGAACACUGGUUUGUUCUGAAGCACAACAUGGAGUUGUGGAGCAAAGUCUUUUUGGAAACCGUCGUCCUGCUGUUGACGCGUCUGUAGAAACACAAAACACGGAUCGGAUUUUUAACAUUUUCCUUUUCGGUCACUGGAGAAACUUUUGGCUGAAGGUGAUUCAACAAGGAGGAGCUGUGCUGACGGGCCCCAACCAUAGAUGUUCAUUUUCUGCACCGCGGCCCUCAAAGCGCUCUGAUGUAAAGCCCCCCUCCCCCUCCCAUGCUUGGUUUGUGUGUGCUGUACAUGCAUUGUGUCCAAAUGGAAAACAUAGACUCAAACUGUGUCUUUGCUUCUGCUGUAAACGGGAACUCAAAAUAAAACUGAACACAUUUGUCCUCA